AAACAGUUGAUUCUGUCUCCACAAUCCACCUAUCACUUCCUUCCACUGCCAUCAUACUUGUCACCUCUUGCCAGAGUGACUUCACUUACUCAAUAAGGAUUUCUUUAGUGCCUCCUGUGUACAGGUGGUGUUAGGUGUUGUGGAAAGGGAUGGGCUCUAGAGUUACACAGACCUGGUUUGAAUCCUUGCUCUGCAUUUCCUAGCUCAGUGCUCUGGGACAGGCUACCUUACUUCCAGGAGCUUCAGUUUGUUCACCUGUAAACAGGGAUAAUAGUAACUUCAUGGUCGUUGAGAAGGUUUGUGACAGUGUAUGUACAGUGCUUCACCUGUAGCUGGCCCUUAAUAAGUGGUGGCAGUCCUCAUUUUUACUAGACACAUAAAAACACAUUUGUUAUUGGACAGAAGAAAUAGAACAUACACUAUCUGUACCCCCCAGAAGUUAAAAUCUAGUUGAGAUGACAUUAAUAUGAACAGGAAUAAACAAAACAACAGUAUAAAGGCAACUUGUACGUAAGUGUGAAAAUGUUAACAGUAAAAAGUGCUAUAGGAGUUUAUACUAAGAUCUAUAUGCAUUGGAUUUGUCAAAAAUGUUUAUUUAUGCUGCAUUUUGAGAGAGGUGUAGUCUUCAGCUAUGAAGGGUGGGGUGGAGGAUAGGAAGAUAUUCUAGGCUGGGAAAAGACCUUACAAAGCAGGAAAGGUGACAUGGUUGGACAGGAGCAGCUUGGCUGAAGCGAGGGGUUUAUACCUGGGAGAAUAAGAAAGUUGGACCAGGUUGAGGUGAGCCUCAGAUGCAGCUAGAACUUAUUUUAUCCUAUAAAUCAUAGGGAGCUAUGGAUGGUUCUUGAGUAGACAAGUGAAGAGUGGCACAAUGAAAAUGAAAGCAAAAUCACAGUCUGGUAUGCAGACAGUUGUUUGGAAUUGAUGGAUUGAUAGAAGAAACUGGUAGUAGAUCUAAUUGUAGCAGUCUAUGUGUAAUAUAAUCAAGGCUCAGGCUAUUACAGACUAUUAGGGCCAGACAGAAACUCAUAUCAUUUGGUUCAAUGGUUUUCAAACAAGAAUUUGGAGCUUUAAAGAAAUAGAUUCAUGGGCCUUGCCCCAUAUAUGCAUUUUAUAAAAGUUCCCCAGGAAAUUAUGAUGCAGCACAAGGUUUAGGAACUAUAAAGAAGUCCAAACCUUACACUUAAGCAAACUAUGAAACUUAGUUCAAAGAGGUUAAGUGACUUAACCAAGGUCAUCCUGCUGAUUAGUGUCAGAGGAGAACCCAAGGUGGACACUCUGUCUGGGCUCUGGGCUCCUUUCAGCUGGGCCACUGCAGUGCCCCAGAGGGGCAAAGCUCCAGCAGAACCCCCUCCAGCCUUCCCUGGGCUGAAGCGCCCCCUGAGGGCCCUCCUUACUUCUCCAGAGGCAGUGUUCACUAAUUCCCUGAGUCCCAUAAACUCCAUCCUCCUCUUCCUAAAGGAGGAUUUCCAUCCGGGCUGCAGCAGCAGGAGUGAAGGGAGUAGCAGGAACAAAACAGCACCCUGGCACUAUGGCCACUGGAGGGGACAUACACAGCAAGAGGAGCAGUGAUGGCAAGGUUUCAAGGCCAUCCAGUUGGGAGGAGGAGGCUGUGGUCCUAAGGUUAAAGUCAACCAAGGGGGACGAAUGGAUGAUUCGGAAAGUGAAAGUGGAGGAUGAGGAUCAGGAGGCAGAAGAGGAGGUCGAAUGGCCCCAGCAUCUGUCGUUACUUCCAAGCCCCUUUCCUGCUCCUGACCUGGGGCAUCUGGCCGCUUACAAACUUGAGCCCGGGGCCCCAGGGGCACUGGGAGGGCUCUCGCUGUCCGGGUGGGCCCCGAUCCCGGAGAAGCCCUAUGGCUGCGGGGAGUGCGAACGGCGCUUCCGGGACCAGCUGACACUGCGGCUGCACCAGAGGCUGCACCGGGGCGAGGGCCCCUGCGCCUGUCCGGACUGCGGCCGCAGCUUCACGCAGCGCACGCACAUGCUGCUGCACCAGCGCAGCCACCGCGGAGAGCGGCCUUUCCCAUGCUCCGAGUGCGACAAGCGCUUCAGCAAGAAGGCCCACCUGACCCGCCACCUGCGCACGCACACGGGCGAGCGGCCCUACCCGUGCGCAGAGUGCGGCAAGCGCUUCAGCCAGAAGAUACAUCUGGGCUCACACCAGAAGACCCACACUGGCGAGCGGCCCUUCCCCUGCACCGAGUGCGAGAAGCGCUUUCGCAAGAAGACGCACUUGAUCAGGCACCAGCGCAUCCACACCGGCGAGAGGCCCUACCAGUGCGCGCAGUGCGCACGCACCUUCACGCACAAGCAGCACUUGGUGCGGCACCAAAGGGUGCACGAGGCGGCCGGCCAGGCCCGGCCCUCCCCCGACGCGCCCGCCUCGCCCCACUCCCCCGCCCCGUCCCCCACCCCGUCCCCUCCUGGGCCGAAGCCUUUCGCCUGCUCCGACUGCGGCUUGAGCUUCGGCUGGAAAAAGAACCUCGCCACGCACCAGCGUCUGCACCGCAGUGAGGGUCGCCCCUUUGGGUGCGAAGAGUGUGCACUGGGCGCCACUGUGGACCCUGCCGCCGCAGAGUCCUUGGCCUGCGCGCCCAUAGGGCCGGGCUGCGGGACAGGCUCUGGUCCAGCGGUGUCCCCGCGCACUCCUCCAGGCGAGCGGUCCUUCUUCUGUCCGGACUGCGGGCGCGGCUUCGCCCACGGGCAGCACCUGGCGCGGCACCGGCGCGUGCACACGGGCGAACGGCCCUUCGCCUGCGCUCAGUGUGGCCGCCGCUUUGGCUCGAGGCCCAACCUGGUCGCCCACUCCCGUGCCCAUAGCGGCGCCAGGCCUUUUGCCUGUGCGCAGUGUGGCCGCCGCUUCAGCCGCAAGUCUCACCUGGGUCGCCACCAGGCGGUGCACACCGGCAGUCGCCCCCACGCCUGCGCCGUCUGCGCCCGUAGUUUCAGCUCCAAAACCAACCUGGUCCGCCACCAGGCGAUCCACACAGGCUCCCGCCCCUUCUCCUGCCCGCAGUGUGGCAAGAGCUUCAGCCGCAAGACCCACCUGGUGCGGCACCAGCGCGUCCACGGCGAAGCUGCGCAUCCGGCCGCAGACGCUGCCCUGCCCGCCCCGGCCUGGCCCACUCCCAGCGAGGGGGCGCCGCGCCCGCUCUUCUUCUGAGCCCUGUCGCCCGGACCCUUUGCUCACAGUUCCCAGGGACUCGUGCCGCCAGGCCUGGGCUGCCGCCGGCCGUUUUCCUUCCCUCAGGAGUCGGAAAAGCGUUCCCAGCUCUGACGUCACAGGACAAAGACUAGGCGCAGAGGGAAUCCUUGCUGGGGACAGUUCAGACCAAAGUCCUCGGAAGACUCCCACCCAGAUGCCCCUUUGGAAAGCAGACGUUUCCUGGACCUCGAGUGACCAAGGACAGACGGGGCCAGGAACCUGUAGCGGGUGGGAAAGAGUGGUUAUCUAUACACUUAAAGUUUCAUUAAAGUUAAACUCUGCAGGC